UCGAAACGACAAGAGCGACAACAACGAUCCUCCCAACUAAAACAGCAGCAAAGUGUUUUUCCCAGUCACAAACGGAACGUGUUGGAAUACAGACGUAUCAUCACACAAAAUAUAAAGAAAAAAAUACAAAGAGGCGAACCAAAAUAAUACAAAGUGAAAAAUAUUAACAAGUUAUCUUGAAAUAAUAACAAAAAAAUUAAAACGAUCAGUCCGAUUUUUUCAAAAUCAUAUAAAAAAUCGAAUAAAACAAAUAAUAACAAACACACUCACUCACUCAAAAACGGCGACUGUAAUAAAUCGUAUGAAAUAGAUUUCAUUUAAAUUAUUUCUCUUCUUUUUUUUUUGUUUUCUAUUUAGAAGAGGAAUUUCUAAUAGAUUAAUUUAAUUGAUAGAUCGUGUCAAAUGUCAACUGUAUGCCAGUAUUUGUUCGUUCGUAUUGUAUAAAUGAACAUUUCAACAAAAAAAUAAUAACAAUAAUAAUAAUAAAAAAAAACAUCUCCUCUAUAUGUCUAUAUUAUCAUAUAAGUUGUUUGUACUUUUACUUCUUAUUGUCGCUAUCAGUAACGCCGAUCCUAAGUAGUCAGACUCGUAGGCAGUUAUUGUAAUUUUUCGGCACAAAAUUCAAUAUUUUUUUCAAUACUCAAACUCUUUAUUGUGAUUAAAAUAAUGCUCACACUCUCAACGAAAUAAUAAUAAACCCCCAAAGAAAAAUCACUGUAAUAAAUACAUAAAUUAAAAAACAAAAAAUAUAACGACAAUGUCAACCAAAGUGAUAAUUAUCAAAACAGAGUGUGAUAAGUGAAGUGAAGUCAUUAAUAACAAAAAACACAAAAAGUGAGAAAGAAACAAAUUUUUAAUUUAAAUGCAUAAUUGUUUAUGUAUAACAUUUGUUGUUAUUUUGGUUUUGAAAUUUGAGAAAUUCUACGUUUGCGUUCCUGUUGCCGUCUGUAAGUGAUCGUAAUGUGAUUUUGGUUUUUAUUUAAAAAAAAAAGAAAUUACCAAAAGUGCCAUAUGGAAAAUCCAAACAUCUGUGUUAAACAAAAUCCAAAAGGAAAUGAAAAUAAUUGAGUUGUUAAAAUUCAUUUGAAUAACAAACGAAAUCUUUUAAACAGAAAGAAAAAAACACAAAACUAAAACUACUAUUUACAAACCGCUGAUGCCUGUAUUUCGAAAAAAUCCCCAGAAUUAAUGCAACAAACUAAAAUUUGUUCAAGUUACCAGUGAAAUUGGAAAAAAAGAAAAACAAAUUAUUACUAUUUAAAUAAAAACAAAAAAUAAUUAUGUUUAAAUAAAUACUUCUGGAAAUUUGUUUUGAAAAUAGUUAAAGUUAUUUCCCCUAAGAUUUCCAUUACACAAUUAAUUUAAUUACGAAAACUUUCCAAAAUGGCAUCAUUUGUUUAUGCCGUUUGGAGUAUAACGAAUGUGGCAUCGGUUCACUGUUCGGUGCGUCCGGAACUUUCGCCCUGUACAUGUGAACCCACCUAUGCCCAUAAUUAUGUUGAGCUAUCGUGUGAAAAAGUGGAUUCGUUCCAUACAAUUGUUGAUGCUUUGUCGAAUAAAUUUGAACCGAAUGUUAAUAUAAGUUUAAAAAUAACCCAUUCACAACUGGAAGAUUUGGAAAUGCGCUCGUUUAUGGAUAUGAAACUGAAUUUGGUGAAAUUGCGAAUGCUGUGGAAUGGCUUAAAAUCUGUGCCUGAAUUACCAUUUCGAGGGUUAUCAAAUGUUGAGUAUUUGGGUCUUGGUGACAAUGAACUUGAAGAAAUUCCAAAGCACAUGCUUAAUCAUAUGCCAGUUGUUAAGACGCUCGAUAUAGGAAGGUGUCGCAUACGAUCAGCACUGCAAGACGAUUUCAAGGGCACUCAAAUGCUGACUAAUCUUUUUAUGCCGACUAACAAUCUGACGCGUCUUGAUCGUGCCACAUUUCCACCUGGCCUGGUUACUCUACAUUUGGGACGAAAUAGUAUUGAAAAUCUAAAUGGCACCUUGCGACAUCUCAACAAACUGGAAUCAUUGUUCAUCAAUAAGAAUCGCAUUACAAGUUUGGAAGAUGAAUUGCCCGAAUCGAAUCUGCUUAAAUUGAUUAUGGCCCAAAACAACAUGUUGGUACAUUUACCCGAACGCAUGAGACAAAUGGAUAAAUUGGAAACAUUGCAUGUACAGUACAAUCAUCUUAUAUCGCUGGAUCGUGUGCUAAAGAACGCCAAGAAUUUGAAUGAAUUUUAUGUCUUCAACAACCGUAUCGAGUCGUUGGCACGCGAUGAAUUCCAAAUGGCAUCUAAGUUGGAAGAGUUAUAUAUAGCCAGCAACAAUAUUAAGUCGUUAAAUGGUUCGCUGUUGCCAUUGCAAAAACUCUGUAAGGCCAAUUUUUCAUUUAAUUCCAUUGAUGAAUUCUCCAUGGAUGAAAUACGCGGUCUAAUGAGUCUAAAGCAAUUGGAUUUAUCGAAUAAUCGUAUACGCAAGUUAUCUGGUCGCCAAGAGAAUAACAUCGACAAGAAUUCGUAUUUAACGGAAUUAUAUUUGGAUUUCAAUGAGCUGACAACUUUAGAUGGUGCUCUAAUGGGUUUAAAUAGUUUGCGUAUUUUGGGUUUGACCCACAAUAACAUUGAGCGCAUACUGCCGGAGGAUUUUAUUGGUUUGGAAAAAUUGGAGAGCUUAGAACUAUCGCAUAAUAAGCUAUUGACUUUAAGGGAAAUGCAAACGACAGUGCUUCCCAGUUUGAAAGUACUUAAAGUGGACUACAACAAUUUAACCAUACUCGAUAAAGAUUUCCAUGGUUUGCCCGUCUUAUGUCAAGCUCAUUUGAAACAUAACCAAAUUAUAAGCAUUUCGCACGAAUUGGUGGCCAAAACCAACUGUAUGAAUCAUAAUGUACCCGGUAAAUUGGAACUCUACUUGGAAGAUAAUCCCUUCCAUUGUAAAAUGCUACUGGAUGAAUAUUGUCCCUUGAUGGCCAAUCCCGAAAAACGUUUACGAUUGCGUACCAAGUGCUUUGAGGCCUAUGAAGAUGUAUGUAAAAAUCGUCAGUUCCUGUUAAUGGUGCCGACUAAUGAUCUUACACAACAAGUGAUACCGGUAAUUUUACCCUCCACGGAUCUAUUGAAGGGUGACAAUUUAUUGCCGCCAUUGUUUGCUCCCUUGGGAGGUCAGACCAAUAUAAAGCCUUUGAUUUUGGCACCGGCUAUACAAAUUUUAGAGCCAACUACAACCACAACAUCUACGACAACCACAACCACCACAACAACUACAACAACUACAGAACCCCCAACUACUACAACUACGGCAAUACCUAUUGCGACCUCAAUCCACCUUAGUGAAACGAUGGAAAAUGUUAACGAAACCACUAAUAACGAAACUUUGAGCGCGAACAAUAAACCACAACUAUCGACUUUAAUGCCACGUCUAAACUCUACUCCAGAAACAUUAAACAUGCAAUUACACCAAGCCGAGGUAAAUAAUGAUCAAACUUCUACCCAAAAACCCUCAAUAUUGGUGUUAAACAUGGAUGAUUCUCCACCGUCCGUUAUACCACCCGAUGCGAAAAGUAAUAAUGUGCCCAAAACUGAAUACGCCACUGUGGAAUACAUAGCCAAUAUGGGGAAUCAUGACAGUCAUGAGUUGGUACCGCCUCCCGAUGUUCUCAUCGACGAGGACUCAAAGUCAAAUUCAAUACACGAGGAGUAUCAUAAACAAGUAAUAACUGACUAUGACAAUGCUCCACAAAAUCUACUACAACCGGAUGAACCGCCCGAAAAUCCUUAAAAUUGUAUAAAUUAUUCUCUUUUAUUAAUUAAUUUUCAAUUUAGGUCUACAUUCAAAUUGGCGUGUGUGUGCACACAAGCCUGCUCGCCCUCUGUGUAACGGAAGAGUGUUUAAUUUUUAUUAUUUUCAAUUUGGCUACACGGAUAGAAAACAAAGUGUCAAAUUAAAUCAAGUUAUUAAAUACGAUAUCAAUACCUAUGUAUACCAGAUAUAAUUUAGAUUAUUAUUACAAUAUACGAUAUUUAAAUGAAAAAAAAAAGAAAAGAAAAUGAGAGAACCUUAAUUUGUAUGUGGUUUUUUGUUUUUAAGUUAUUUUUAGUAGAUUUUUUACAAUUAUUUUUUUUUGUUCUGUAUAGUUUUGUAAGAUUAACUUUUAUUUUUUUGAGUUGUAUUUUCUCGAUAUACUAUUAUUAUCACUACUACUAAAUAAUAUUGUUGCCAGAAUGGUACAUAAAUAAAUAAAUACAUCAUACUAUUUGUAGCUAAGAUUUUAGUAUUUGUUUUGGAUAUAUACUAACUGUAUGUACUCGUAAUAUGUAUGAAGAUAAUAAAUAGUUAUUUAAUUCAAAUAUUAAA